UUUUUCCUUUUUUUUCUUCUUUUUUUUCGUUACAAUGAUAUAGAACUGUUGUAUUUCAUCAUAAAUCAUCGAUCGAAGGUUCUACUCUACUCCAUUAUUAUUUAUUAUUUACAACUAAUUCUAGGAAGCUAUGCGAAACACCAAGUGCAUGAAAAUGAACGGGUUACUUAAUUUCCUAUUUGCAGGAAAACAUAGAUGCGAUUCUUACAUCGAUAAUCUUCUCGAUGAGAAAAUGAUAUAACUUGAUGGAUGGUUUCUUCUUUAUGGAAAUGAUAAGAUGGAUUUUUUUCAAAGAAAUUUAUUGACCAAUCUGACGGUAUCUUACGUGUCUAUUAAAGAAAAUCUCGACAUAAAUAACAUUCUCAAAGUUAAUUAUUAUAAACUUGGUAUUAUUCUUGAUAUCGAUUGUCCUCAAAGUGAAAUCAUUUUCAAACAGUUUAAUGGAAAUCAAUUGCCUUACAACGAAUCUUAUUUUUGGCUUAUGUUAACUGAAUCAAAUGCAGUUCCAAUAAAUUUAUUCCAAGAUUUACCACUUUCCAUAGCUACUGAAAUUACAGUGGCAUUACGCGAAAACAAUAGUUAUACUCUUUACGAUGUUUAUAAUUUUAGUCAUCGACACGGAGGUAAGCUCAAUGUUACUUACAUGGGUUACUGGACUUUCAACGAUGGAUUGAGGAACGAAUUAACCCAAUACAAGUACAAACGUCGUCAAAAUUUUCAUAAACUCGCCCUAAACGUUUCUAUUCACGUUGAUCAUGAUCCAUUACCCGAUUUUCACACGUAUAUUUUAAAUCCGAUUAAUCGUCACGUAGAUACAAUGAUGCGUUAUAAUUAUGCUUUGAUUGUACAAUUAAUGGAUUAUUAUAAUAUAACUAUGAAUCUAAGCAGAGGAACAACCUGGGGAUAUCUUAACAAUGGCACCUGGAAUGGUAUUAUAGGGGAUAUGCUUCGUGGGAUAGUGGACAUAAGUGCUACUCCUUAUUUAUUUAAAGCAGCAAGGAUGGAUGUAUGCGAUUACACGGUGCAGUCUUACGUAGCAAGGGCGAGCAUAAUUUUUCGUCAUCCAAAAACUAGUGACGUACGUAACGUAUUUCUCAUGCCAUUUACGGAAGACGUUUGGUAUUUGAUCCUAAUCGUAGCUGUCAUUUAUUGGCUGUUAUUAUUACUUACGGUUAAAAUCGAAUUGUAUUACGAUAAUUAUCCAAAAAAGUGUACUUUGGAUACUAAUCCUUCUUCGGAAACUGCUUUGAUAACAAUCGCUGCUAUUUGCCAACAAGGUUUGAGCGAUGGUCCACGAAUUUAUUCUGGUCGCAUAGUAUUUCUUUCAUUAUUUCUUUGGGGAUUACUUCUUAUUCAAUUUUAUUCGGCCAGCGUAGUGGGAUCAUUAUUGUCGGAACCACCAAGGUUUAUAAAUACUUUGAAGGAUUUAGCUGAUAGUAGCCUUGACGUUGGAAUUGAAGAUAUGGCCUAUAAUUACGAUGUUUUGGCCAAAUCACCGAAUCCAGAUGUACACGAGCUCAAUCGGAAAAAAAUACAGACGAGCAAAAAACGAAAGAUCGAGCCUUUCUUGACUGCUGAGGAAGGUCUGAAGAAAGUGAAAAAAGGUGGCUAUGCCUUUCAGGUUGAUGUUGCUACAGCUUAUAAAAUAAUCGCGGACACUUUUUCGCAAGACGAAAUUUGUGAUUUAGCGGAAAUUCAACUGUUUCCAGUUGAACGCAUUGCGACUGCUGUUAAAAAACAUUCGCCCUUUAAGAAGAUGGUUACUUAUGGAUUGAGAAAAAUUGUUGAGCACGGUGUGCCAGGACACCUGAGAUAUGUGUGGCAACCAGGACGACCUCAAUGUCCUGAAAGUCACAGUGCAAAACCAGUCCCAGUUGCAUUGAAAGAAUUUAGUCCAGCUUUAUUAUCUCUUUUUAUGGGGAUUGCCUUGGCUCUUUUAGUAAUGCUCAUUGAAAUGUAUAUAAAACGUCGUAAAGAUCGAGGUCAAAUGGAAUCAUCCUUGGAACCAUCACAUUUGGAAGUAGCAUCAAAUUUGUGCUUUUCCGAUUUAGAUCAAUUUGAUUUUCAUACCGUUGAACCGGAAGAUGUAUCGAAUUAAUUUUCUGUUCCUUCUAUUGCAGUAGUUCGUGCGUUUGUAAUAGCAACAAUGUAUCGUAAAAAAAUACAUUAAUUUUAAAGCGAUUAAUUCAAAUUAAUGCUUAACGCUGUUUUCAAAAUCACCAACGUUUAUUUUGCUUCAACGAUUUGUUUCCUUUUCAUUUAUGUUUAUGAGUUACUAUUGAUGAAUAAUGAAAUAAAAAAUGGAAAAGAAAAAGGUAAAGAAACAUUUUCCAAUAACGAGUUAAACGCAUACAAAUAUAUAAAAAGAUCAUAUUCAUUAAAGUUACUGUUCGAUUUACAUGUCAUUUGUUGUUGUUUUUAUGCAAAGGCAUAAAAACAGGCCAAUAAAUUUUAGGUUGUACUAAAAUUGUUCUAAUUUCGAAAUGACACAAUGGAAUGGAUGUUUUUGUUUUUCGUUAACACGAUAACGAAGAUAUGGUAUUUUUCAAAUCAUUUAUUGCUUAUUGAAAGAAUAACAUGGCCAACAACGAGCAAUUUAUGAAAUAUUCAAAAUAAGAUGCUGUUUAUAAGGAAAAGAUUGUUU